CUCAUCAGUAGUCACAAACGCUCACUUACUUUUCUCCUACCCUAUUCCAUAACCAUGAAGCUGUCCCUCCUUCACACUUCUCCCGCCCUCCUCCUCUUCAUCAUCCUUUUCCAAACUCUAAAUCCACAGCCGACGUCAGGCUUCCUUUCCACCUCGGACCGAUGGAUCGUCAACGAGUCAGGCCAACGUGUCAAGCUCGCGUGCGCAAACUGGCCAUCUCAUUUGGCCCCUGUGGUCGCCGAGGGGCUCAGCAAGAGCCCAUUGGAUGCCAUAUCAAAGUUAAUAGGCUCGAUGGGUUUCAACUGUGUUAGGCUCACUUGGCCUCUCUACCUUGUUACCAACUCCUCCUAUGCUACGCUCACCGUUCGUCAAUCCUUCCAAGGGCUCGGCCUCAAUGUAUCCCUCGACGGAUUGACGAAAAACAAUGCUUGGAUCCUGGACAAGACGCUCAUCGAAGCGUACAAGGCUGUGGUGGCAAAUCUUGGGAGCAACAACAUAAUGGUGAUCCUGGACAAUCACUUAACUCAGCCGGGCUGGUGCUGCAACAACAACGACGGCAACGGUUUCUUCUGGGACCCGUUCUUCAAUCCUAACGAAUGGCUCGCCGGGCUCUCACGAAUGGCCAGAUUGUUCAACGGAGUCACCAACGUCGUCGGCAUGAGCCUGAGAAAUGAGCUCAGGGGUCCAAGACAAAAUGUCCCAGAUUGGUACAAGUACAUGCCGAUGGGCGCCGACGCGGUUCACCAAGCGAACCCUAACGUCCUCGUCAUACUCUCAGGACUCAACUUCGAUAAUGACCUCAGCUUUCUGUCGAAAAAAAAACUCAAGCUCUCCUUUCCCAACAAGCUCGUCCACGAGGUGCAUUGGUACGCGUUCUCAAAUACCGAUACGUGGAGCAAUCAGAACGCCAAUGAUGCUUGCGGCUCUAUAACCUCCAACAUAAUGAGGAAAGCGGGGUUCGUACUGAGUCAAGGAACUCCGUUGUUCAUGAGCGAGUGGGGGAUCGAUCAGAGGGGAGGGAACAGGAAUGACAACAGAUACUCGAGCUGUGCUCUGGCAGCUCUAGCUGAGCUAGACCUUGAUUGGGCUCUCUGGGCUUUGCAAGGGAGUUAUUAUCUAAGAGAAGGCGUACUCGAUAUGGAGGAGGUUUAUGGUGCUAUGAAUUUAGAUUGGUCUGGACCAAGGAAUGCUACCUUCCUACAUCGGCUCGCUUCUAUAAAAUCUCCCUUCCGAGGCCCAGGACUCAACAACCCCCUCAACACCGUGCUCUACCAUCCGAAAACAGGGUCGUGCGUCGUCCAGGACGGUUCGACAAAUUCGUCAUUGCAUUUAGGCCCUUGUGACUCACCGAGAGGUUGGAAAUAUAAUGGUCAGACCAUCCAGCUCGUAAAUUCAGACUCGUUCCUGAAGGAAUCAGGUGCAGGCCAGCCGGUGACGCUCGAGAAUUUCGCUAACAGCGGUAGCUUCAAAUGGGAUCUGAUAUCAAACUCGAAACUACACAUCACUUCACAGACUAAUCUAUGCCUGGAUAUCGGCUCUGAUGGCAGCACUCUCAUCACGAAUCCCUGCAACUGCAUCGGUAAAGACAAGAACUGCGAUCCUGAGGGUCAAUGGUUCAAGAUGGUUCCCAGCAACAGACCCGUGCAGCAAUGACCGAGAGGGGACUUAGAGGGUAGGUGAGGAAAUAAUUGUUGGAGUAGUGGAAAAGCCUAUGAAAAUAUUCAAUAAGGAAUGAUUUUAUGUGCAUA